GGUGGGGCCCCGAGGUUAAAAGCGUAACGAGGGUACAGCGGGGAACUGGCGCGCCAUUGCUGAACCGUACUUGACUUCUCUCCUGAUAAUGGGCCAUCGAGUGCCUCUCUGACAAGCAUGCAUCCGGCUCCCAAUCUACUGGAGGCGCCCCCGAAGACGAGCUCCUCCGAUGAGGCCAAUCGUGCCGGCUCUGUCUCGCACCAACAACCCUCACCGAGUCCGCAACAGACUCACGACCAGCUGCCACACCACCACCACCCGCAGCAGCAUCAACAACAGCAGCACCAGCAACAGCAACAGCAACAACAACAGCACCAGCACCAGCAGCACCAGCAGCACCAGCAUCAGCAUCAUCACCACACGCAAAGUCAGUCGCCGCGACCAACAUCAGCAGCACCGGUCGACCUGACCAUGUCGCCUCAGCUCCGGGCGACCGGCUUGCCCGCUCACCAGUCAGCCUCAACCUCACCGCCCAUAAGAAAGGACACCAAUUCGUCCAUUUCCACACAGGCCACUAUGGUGACCACGGCCUCUGCUGUUACCAAUGUGUCAACGGAAACAAACAACACAUCGUAUAGUGCCGACACCUCUCCUAACUUGACAUCCAUUUUCCAUGUGAAGGAUGGGACCGACGUCUCUAACCGGGUUCGCGCGAGCAGGAGGCGAACUGGUCCUUUGUCGCAACAGCAAAGAGAGAAGGCCGCUCUCAUCAGGAAGCUCGGCGCAUGCGGCGAUUGCCGCCGCCGGAGAGUUGCUUGCCAUCCCAGCCAUCACAAUAUGACAUGGGAAGACGCCGUCAAGAAAUAUCACAGAUCUCACAGCCCUUCCAUUCAGGAACUCGCCCCACUCUCUGCACAACGACCCCUCAGCCCAUCCCAAGGCUUGAGCAGCCACAAGUCCAUGUUCGCCCAGGAUCCGAACGAGAUGGACCUCGACCCUCCGGUCGGCCAGCCUGGCCAGGCACGACUCAGCGAAACGCGCAUCCGGACCCCGUUGCCCUCAGGCCCCAGGCUGGACAAGCCCACGGUCCUGCCCGGCAUCGAAAGCCUGAAGAGCGACCUGCAGACCAACGUUUCUCGAAUCCUGUCCAACCCGCACCGCAGCCGGUACGCGAGUGCCCAAGUGCUGCUGCUCUACUGGCAGGACGACCACGAUCCUCAUGUCGAUGCUGCCGUCAAGGAACUGGCCGAAGUCUUUGACCAGUACUACCGUUAUACGUUUGAAAUCCACACCAUUCCGUCCACUUCGGAAAACUGCAAGAGUCCGUGGAGAUGGCUGUCGCGCAAGAUUACCGACUUUUCCGAGGAUCGCGACCAGCGUGACGUUCUCAAAAUCGUUUACUACAACGGUCAUUCGUAUUUGGAUGGCCAUCGGGAGAUGGUCCUUGCUAGUACUAGAGACCGGGAAAAGGCCGAGACCAUCCGAUGGAGCGGCAUCCAACAGGUCCUCGAGCAGGCUUGCGGCGACACCCUCAUCAUCAUGGACGCCGCAUAUUACCCCUCAGCCAAGAUGGUCCGCGAGCAAGGCGUCCUCGAACUGAUCUCGGCGGCCAUCUCCGAAGAGCACUUCAACGAGCUAGAACGCUGCACGUUCACCAAGGUGGUGACGGAGCAGCUCAAGACGCGAGCGUCCCAGCGGUUCAUGAAUCCGUUCUCGGCGGCCGAGCUGCAUUCGAAGCUGCUCUCGAGCUACCCCACCCUCAUCCACGAUAGAUACCCCGAGAAGGAGACCAUCACCAGCUUUCCGUCCCCGCUUCACAUGCAGAUGACGGGCAACGCGCGGCUGCCGUCCAUCCUCCUUGCGCCGACCAAUAUCAGCCCGCUAAGAACGAGCCUUCCGUUUGGCGCGGAAGGUCAGCAACUUAAUCUGGUGUUUCGUCUAGGGGACGAACCUGUUGAUAACGAGGCUUGGACCGAGUGGCUGCGGAUGAUGCCUGAUGGGGUCAAGGAUGUGAGAGUGGAGGGCCCCUUUCGUGCGGGUCGUUAGAAAGAUGUUGUUCCGACGGUCUAGGGCGCAGGGAACAUAUAUAUCUCCUUUUUUUUUUUUUUUCUCGCUUUCUUCUCUCUCAGAUUUACGAUUCCCUAGCUGGUUGUUAUUUUCGACCUGGGCCGUUCCUAGGGUGGGAUACAUUCAGUGUUCUGUCUGCAUCAGUGUGUUA